UCAACUAGAAGGGAAAAUUUUAUACUGAGCAGCAGCCUUGCUUGAAACUUGGGAAGUUUCCCCAAUGGAUGAUAUGCAGCAAAAACUUAUUGCUCUGCUUCUCAUUUCAGCGUCAAGCUUGAUUGUCCUAGUCGUCUCAUCCCCAGAAAUCUGCACCGUCUCAGCAUGUUACCCCAACGAACCUACGAUUCGAUUCCCGUUCCGGCUGCAGAGCGUCCAACCAAAGGAGUGCGGCUACCCAGGCUUCGACUUAACCUGCGACAGCACCAUUCUGAUUACAUCUCUCCAGCUCCAAAAUGUAAAUGCAUCACCACCUCAGAGAUUCAGCGUCCAAGCCAUAGACUAUGCCUCCCAAGAAAUAUGGCUAAAUGAUCCCGGCGACUGCCUUCCUCAGCGUCUUUUAAAUUUGAAUCUUUCGGGUUCUCCUUUCACGGCCGUCUCCCAUCAAGAUUUUACCUUGUUUAAUUGCUCCAUCCAUCACAGACUUCACAACUUCAAUCCUAUAGCUUGUCUUGGUGGUUCUGGCUACAAUAUUGUUGCUACGUCUUCAGAGAGGGCUUCCAGGAUCCUAGCUUCUUCGUGCAGCGUCGUAUCAACCAUUCCCGUCCCAGUUCAGUUGCCGUAUUAUGAGGAGGUUUGGUCCUCGGAUCUCAGCGAAGACAUCAGACUCACUUGGGAUUCACCCCAAUGCGGCAAAUGCGAGUCAAGGGGGGGAAGAUGCGGGCUCAAGAGCAAUUCCACUGAUCACAUCGAAUGCAUAACUCAACAUGCAGGGCUUCCGAGAGGCGCUCGGUAUGCCAUCAGCGUGGGAGCAGGAGUGCCCACACUUUUGUUCGUCAUAGGGCUCGUCUGCUUCGUUUGCGGAAGAUUCAAGGCCUGCCGCAGACAGCCCUACCCAGUCAUUGAGUUCUCCUCCGCCGUGGCACAUCAGCCCACUUUAUUAUCCGGCCUGGAUGGGGCCAUCAUAGAAUCCUAUCCAAAAACAGUACUGGGUGAGAGCAGACGCCUUCCCAAGCCCAAUGAUACUGUUUGCCCAAUCUGCUUGAGCGAUUACAAGCCCAAGGACACGCUCAGGACCAUUCCUGCUUGUCAGCAUUGCUUCCAUGCAGAUUGCAUUGAUGAAUGGCUUCGGUUGAACGCUGCCUGUCCCGUUUGCCGGAAUAAUCCAAAGCAGUCACCGCCGGCGCUCGAACCAGCUCCGGCUCCAGCUUCUGAUAAUAAUGUUUGAUGAAUUAUGAUCCUUCAGAUCUGCAUAUAUCACAUGCCAAGGAUUGUUGAACACGAUGAGACAAAAAUGAUCGACUCUGGAUUUGAUGGAAAAGUUUUGGUUUAAUAGUUAAAGUUAAAUUCACAAUAAUUAGAGAUUCUAAAUUUAAAUCCCUUCUCAUCUUUUUUAAAUCCCAUCCCUCCCUUUAGACAUGGCCACUAUUCCAUCGGUUCCAGUUUAAAACCGACAAUUCUAGUCAUUCUAAAAUGUGGAGCCUAAUCCAACUCUUAUAAGAAUGGUCACGGUUCUUUUUGGUCUA